GUUGUCUUUUAGUGGUAUGUGAUACCUUUUGUGGAAAUGUGGUCAGUACUGUGUCAUCUUUUGUUAGUGACUAUGUUAGGGAAGAAGGUAGUUUGCAAUCCUGUGUCUAAUAAUUUUAAUAGUAAUAUCAGGGAAUAUUCAGUAAAAGAGGAUAUUGACAACGUGACUAACGUAAGGACCUUGCAAAAGGAGGAAUCGGGAAGAUACGCCGGUUUUGCUCCAAUUAUGAAUCCUAUUCGUUUUAAGGACAUACCGGACAAUACAAUAUCUAGUUCGAGUUACGGACGUGGAUCGGUGCAGGUGCAUCAUGGAGCAUACGGUGUGCACGACUAUGAUGACAGUUCUCAUGCCUACGGAUAUGGAUAUGAUUAUCCCUUAGACCUUGGUCACCAUGAGCUUCACGAGCACCAUGGACAUCAUGGACACGGUGGACAUUACGGACAUGAUGGCCAUGGACAUGGUGGGCAUGGACAUGGCGGGCAUCAUGGAUAUGGACUCCAUCAUCAUAAGUUUCAUGACCCUGGUCUAGCAGCAAAAGCAGUACUCUGGCCAAUAGCAGGAAUAGCCCUUUUGGGAGCUGCAGCAGCUUUAGUUAGCAACCCAGUGUUAUUGCAGCUUGGAGUUAUCUCAGGGCGAAGAAGACGUGAUACUGAAGAAGUCUCCGGCCCUGAUCACGCCAUUGACUUUUCUAAAAUUGCUAAGAAACUUACAGUUGAUGACAAGGACGACAUUGUCAAAAUAAAAAACAAUUUUGAAGGGAAAAACAAUAUCAAAGAUGGAAAAGACAAUGAAGAAACAGCGAAAAAUGUUGGAAAUAUAGAAGACAAUGUAAUGAGAAAAUUACCGAAAAGAAUGUUCAGAGAUCCGAAACGAGAGGCAUUGUUGUAUACGGAUAAAACAUCACAAUCGGCGAUUGAUGUUACGCUGGACGCUUCAAUAGACAAUAGGUAUUUCCAAGAAGACAGAUAUGUACCGAUACGGCUUAAAGUGAAAAAUAAUUAGAAUCACUACGACUGGAUAAGUAAAUACUGGACACUCUGCAGUUGGAUCACUAAGUAAUAAAUUUUCUAAUUUUUUUCUGCGCCUGGUUUGAUAGUAUUCUUUUUUUCGUUUUAAUUGAGCAGCAUAAGGGUAGCUAUAUCCCUGAAACUGCUUUUUAAUUGUCGCAGUGAUAUUUAACAUAGCUGCCUAUUUAUAUAACUAAAAACGUAAAAAGUUCCUUAAGUAGGUACGUGAGAUACACGUAGUACGUACGUACUUUACUAAAAUAAACGUUUUUAAAAACCCUUGUGGCUUGGAAGAGAUUGCUACACAAAAAUAAAACCGAAUGGCGUAACAAUUGAUCUUGU